AUGCCCGAAAGCCCGAAAGCCCGAAAGCCCGAAAGACACGACAAGCCCGAAAGUCCGCCAAGCCCGAAAGCCCGAAAGCCCGAACGCCCGAAAGCCGAAAGCCCCGAAGAGCCCGAAAGCCCGAAAGCCCCGAAGCCCGAAAGCCCGAAAGCCCGAAAAGCCCGAAAGCCCGAAAGCCCGAAAGCCCGAAAGCCCGAAAGCCCGAAAGCCCGAAACGCCGCGAAAGCCCGAAGCCCGAAAGCCGACAAGCCCGAAAGAGCCCGAAAGGCCCGAAGCCCGAAAGAGCCCGAAAGCCCGAAAGCCCGAAAGCCCGAAGCCCGAAAGCCCGAAGUCCCGAAAGUCCCGAAAGCGCCCGAAGCCCGAAAGCCGAAACCCGAAAGCGCCGAAGCCCGAAAGCCCGAAAGCCCGAAAGCCCGAAAGCCGAAAGCCGCGAAACCGAAAGCCCGAAAGCGCCGAAAGCCCGAACAGCCCGAAAAGCUCCGAAAGCCCGAAAGCCCGAAAGCCCGAAAGCCCGAAAGCACCGAACGCCCGGAAGCCCGAAGCCCGAACGCCCGAAAAAGCCCCGAAGCCCGAAAGCCCGAAAACCCGAAAGCCGAAAGCCCGAAAGCCGAAGCCCGACAAGCCGAAAGCCCGAAAGCCCGAAAGCCCAAAGCCCCGAACCGCCCGAAAGCCGAAAGCCCGAAAGAUCCCGAAAAACCCGAAAGCGCGAAAUGCCCGAAAGCCCGCAAAGCCCGAAAGAAGCCCGAAAGCCCGAAAGCCCGAAAGCCGAAAGCACCGAAAGCCCGAAAGCCCGACAGCCCGAAAGCCCCGAAAGCCCGAAGCCCGAACGCCCGAAAGCCCGAAAGCCCGAAAGCCACGCAAAGCCUGAAAAAGCCCGAAAGCCCGAAAAGCCUUCGAGCCGAAAGCCCCGAAAGCCCGAUAAGACCCGAAGCCCGAAAGCCCGCAAGCCCGAAAGCCCGAAAGCCCGAAAGCCGCGAAAGCCCGAAAGCUCGAAAAGCCCCGAAACUGCCCGAAAAGCCCGAAAGCGCCGAAAACCCGAAAACCCGAAAACCCGAAAACCCGAAAACCCGAAAACGCCGAAAACCCGAGAAACCCGAAAACCUACGAAAACACGCAAAACGCCGAAAACCCGCAAAACGCCGAAAACCCGAUAAACCCCCCGACAACCGCGAAACCCGCAAACCAAAAACCGAAAACCUCUCGAAGAGAGCCCGAAACGCGAAAAACCCGAAAACCCGAGCAAUCCAAAACGCGAAAACCCGAAAACCCGAAAAUCGCACCGCCGAAAACCACCGAAAACCCGAAAAGCUGCCGAAACCCGAAACACCGAAAACCCGAAAACCACUCCCGAAAACCCGAAAACUCGCCGAAAUACAUCGCCGAAAACCGAAAACAGCCGAAAACCCCCGAACAACCCCGAAAAACACCGGAAAACGCCGAACCAAAACCCCGAAAAACACCGGAAACGGCCGAAAACGCCGAAACCCGAAAACCCGAAAACGACCGAAAUAUCCCCGAAACUUGCCGAAAACUCCGAAAACCCGAAAACCCGAAAACCGAACACCGAAAACCCGAAAACUCCCCGAAAACCGAAACCCGCUCAAACUGCCGAAAACACCGAAACCCCUGAAAACCCGAAAACUCCGAAAACCUUAG